AUGAAUAAAAAAAAUUAAAAGGCAUAUAAUGGACACGUGGGUCCUUCAAUGCUUAAGUAAAACUCCAUAGGGCAAACAAGAAAAAAAUAAAACUCGCAUAAGUAGGAAAAUAAAAGAAUAAAAAAAAAUUAAAAACUGAAAAAAUAAGUAAUCUUUAAGGGCGAGAAAGGAGAAGCAUUCAAUUGUUUAUAUAUACCUCAUGAAAUAAUGAAAAGUAGCCCAGGAUCCAACUCAUCAACGAAAAACGAUGAAUGCCUAAAAAAGGUAUGCGUAAUAAAUAAAAAUAAUGCAGCGAAAAGCGAAAAGAAGGAACGAAUCAAUGAUAAAAUCAAAAUUUGCAAACUAAAAAGCCAGGGUAGUGGUGUCAAGGGGGAAAAAAACGAAAGGGGCGAAAAGAGUGAUAUGAAAAAGCAAGCCAAGAAAAGUGACAGCGCAAGUAGUGAGUCCAUGAAGGAAUCGUUAGAGGAGGAACUCGAUGGGGAAUAUGAGGAUGUAGACGGUGAACUGGACAUGGACGCAGACUUGGAUAUGGAAACCCAUUUUGAUGAAGAAGAUGAUGAAGAGGGAGGUGAAGACAAGGACGAAGCUCUUGCUGAUGCCAGGAAGUAUUUUAAAGAAGGACAAAAAUGUAUUACCCCCCCGAACGGUGAUGGAACAAGAGCUUUCUACGAAAGUCUACUUGAAGAAAAUCCCAAUUCACUCAUUGCUAUAAAGUACUGCAUAGAACAUGGAGUUCUAAAUGGUACGAAACAUCGUCAGACGAUAUAUAAAUAUAAUGUACUUAAAAAAAAUAACGCAUUUAGAAAUAAUUUUGGAGGUAUACGAGGUGAGUUUAUUAAAAUGUUGGAACAGCCUCCUAAAUCUGAAGAGGAUUCCUAUGAAGAUUCUGAUGAAGAUUUGAUGAUAAAGGAGAUUUUAAGCAAAUGA